UUAACAACAUUUACAAUACUAGCAAACAUGUCUUAGAAAACAACUGCAUAUACAAGACAGUGUGCGUUUUGUAAAGCAUACACUGUAAAUAGUGUUUGUGUAAGACCUUUAUUUUACUGACCAACGUCUGUUAAUUUAUAGCUUCGUAACUGUCAUUGGAAAGUCUGUUUGCUAUUUAAAUGACCUUUGAUACUCAGAUACAACUCAAUGGUAGUUUUCCACAAAGCGAGGUGUAGGGCAGAUGUGUGUGUUCGCGCAGUGGUAUUUUGUUCUUUACCAUGCACACGAGAGGGCAUUUAAAAGAGACAAUUUUUCUCUGUGGAAUCUUUCUCCUUUUCUCGUCUAAAACAGCUGGUCAAACAUGCAGGGGACAGUGUGGAGACGUGUUGGAGAAAUGCUCCUGCCAUGCAACCUGUGUGUCUUUGCUGAAGUGUUGUGCAGACUACAACCAGUCGUGUUUCCAGGUGACGCCUCACUCCAGCUCCAUGCUAGGCGGUAGAGCUCUCAGGAUCCUCGGCGUGGCCCUUCAUCCUGGUGGGCGACUUCUCUGCAGGUUCAAGGGUGAAAUUGAACGAGAAGGAUUUAUUGAUGAUGAAGGCCACGGCUACUGUAUCUCUCCUUUAUUGUACGAGACAGGUUGGAUACCAUUUACUGUCUCAAUCGACGGGAUACAUUUUGACAGAUCUGGAGAGUUCUUGUCAGUCCACCCCAGUAAGGCUGACCCUGCCUUUGAAGUCAUCCUGGUGAAUGCAACACAGUGGCAGUACUACGGCACACCAAACGUGUCUGGAUGUCUAAAGAUGACAUGGAACAGCUCUUUGAUUGGUGCAGAGACGGUCAACCUAGAGCUGUGGGGUUACAGAGAGUUCAGCAGGAGCACUGAGUCGGGGGUGAACGGAUCAUCCUCUCUGCAGGCCGAGCUGAGCUACCUGUACUCCCUCGGAAGGAAUCUGCCCAACACUGGUGCCUUCAGCUUCGUCCCCGAGCCCUCAGAGGACUACUCCGACUGGAAGUUGGGAAACAUUCGCAUCACUGCUAGUUCUAAGUCAGAUGGAGCAAGGGAUGUAGAGGGGCUCUGGAGCGGUGGGCAUGUGUUAGCCUGGCACCUGGAGCAGGCUUUCAGAGAUGAGUCUGCAGCCUGGGCCAGGAGCCGGUGUCUGCAGUGGGACGUCCUGGAGAACAAGCUGCCCAACUUCCUGGAGGAACUCAUUACCUGUCCCUGCACUCUGGCACAGGCCCGUGCUGACACAGGCAGGUUUCAUACUGAUUAUAGUUGUGACAUUGAGCGGGGCAGUGUGUGCACUUAUCACCCAGGUUCCGUCCACUGUGUCAGAGCCAUUCAGGCCAGUCCUACGCAUGGAUCGGGGCAGCAGUGCUGCUAUGACAGCACAGGGGCUCUGGUGCUGACGGGAGACUCGAUCGGGGGCAGCACCCCGGACAGGGCUCACGACUGGGGCUCGCCUCCCUACAGGGAGCCCCCACGGGUGCCGGGGUACUCACACUGGCUUUACGAUGUCAUGAGUUUCUACUACUGCUGCCUGUGGUCUGACCACUGCAACAUCUACUUCAACCAUCGCCCUUCUAGCGGCUGUCGCAGCUACCAGCCCCCAAAAGCUGGUGUUGUCCUCGGGGAUCCGCAUUUCGUAACGUUUGACGGGCUCGGCUACACUUUCAACGGCAAAGGAGAAUACUACCUUGUGUCUUCUCCAGACAGAGAGCUGAGUGUUCAGGCCAGAACAGAGGCGCUGAAAUUUAAGAAUGGUACAUCGGCCAAAGCCACAGUGCUGUCAUCCGUGGCUAUGAAAGGAAAUACCUCUGAUGUCAUUGAGGUGCGUCUAGCAGAUGGCCACCUUCAGGUGCUGAGGAACCAAAAGGUCCUACCUUUCACCGAGCAGAGAUGGAUGGACCUACACGGAAUAUUUGUGUUCACCCCCAGUCUUCAGAAUGUGACAGUAAUCUUCCUCUCUGGAGUUGGCGUGGAGGUUCGGGUGCGUGAAGGAGCCAUGGCAGUGACCGUCCUGCUUCCAUCAGAGUUUACUAACCACACUCAGGGUCUCCUCGGUCUCAUGAACUCUGACCCCUCAGAUGACCUGUUGACCGGACUAGGAGAGAUCCUUUCCCCAGCCGACGCCACACCGGAGGAAAUCUUCACCUUUGGAGCUGGCUGGAACAUUUCAAAGACGUCCUCCCUCUUCACAUAUGACUCAAAGUACCUUAUGGAUACAUACUAUUUCCCACCAAGCCAUGAUACUGCCUUUGUUCCCGCCUUUUCUCUACCCGAGACACCCGAUGACCCUCUGAUGGCAGACAUGUUGGCGAUGUGCUUGGGAGAAGGAGCGCAGUUCUGUAAAUAUGAUACCCUGACCACACAGAGCCUGAGAAUGGGAAACGCCACCCUCGGGGCCUACGAAAGCCAUCUGGCCCUUACGGAAGCCCUGGAGCAAGUGGUGUCUUGUGGCUGGCUUCCCACACCUAGGAAUGGGAAGAAGAAUGGGACACAUUACCUGGAGGGCAGCUGUCUGAGCUUCACCUGCGAUGAAGGCUUCUCACUGUACGGCUCAACGGAGCGCACCUGUCUAGAUGAUGGGAGCUGGACAGGAGAGCAGCCCUACUGUAUCACAGGCACGAGGAACCCUCUCCUCGACCCAGGACACCCUUUCCCUCCUCCAUACGUACCCCCUCCAAACGCUCCUGCACACCAACAACAAGGACUGGCUGACGCAGCAAGAAAGGAAUCGCUCCGCCAACAAAAAGGUCAGCACGGAGAAGAAGAAGAAGAAGAAGAGGAAGGACCCGACUCCACGGUACAACAAGCAUUUCCCAUGAUUCAAACAAUGGGACCACAGGGUCCAGCUGUUGUUUACCGCCCCUGGACAAUGAAGGAAAUGUUGGAACAUCUCCCUGAAAUUCAACAAGACGGCGAUAAAUUCGCCAAAGCCCUACUCCUCUUCUGCCAACAGUUCUCUCCCACCAUGCCUGAGAUAAAGAAAUUACUGACAUUAAAAAUCGGGCCAACACACGCCAGCCAUUUCACGGCACUGCUGGCUGGCCAACUCUGUCUGAAGAAACCAGAAUGGGACCAUAAUGACAAUGCCCCAUACCGCGACGCAAUCACCGCACUCGGCGAAGCCAUCAGAAACAAGUUUCCAGCAAAGGUUGACAUGUCAAAAAUCUCCGCCUGCAAACAAACUGCAGAAGAGACCGUGAAUGACUAUUAUCAUCGUCUGCAUCAGGUGUUCAACGAAAACAGCGGCAUCGCCAGGCCUGAAGGCUACCCAACCCCUGAGACAGGCGUGUGGGAGACCCACCUCAGCAACGUUUUCCUCAACGGUCUCACAGCCCCCAUCUCCACAUCUGUAAAACAAACCUGCAUUGGAGUGAUGGAUGGCGCCAGACUUGAAGAAAUGCGCAGGCAUGCCGUUCACUCCCAACACCGCCUGAACGAAGAAAAGGUCAACGACGACAAGAAAAGACGUGAAAGAAAAGAAAAAGCCCAACUGACCCAAGCUGUUACAGGUUGGUCACAAGGAAGAGGCAGAGGAGGUUUCAGAGGAAGAGGCAGAGGACGCGGUGGCGAGGGACAAAACACCCAUGGAGGACGGGGCAGAGGCCGCCAAACCAACCAAGAAGCAAGGGAAGAUGGAAGCUGUUUCAUCUGCCGAUCCAAAGACCACUGGGUCAAUGACUGUCCAAAAGCCGCAUGGAACUAGAACCGGGGAAAUCAACAGCAAGGGGGAACUUCAGACUGACGUGCGGAAGAGGAGGAAAGGAGGGUCCGGUCAAGUGAGACGGGACCUCUACCUGCAGCAUCAAAACAGGGAAAUGACACACACACACACACACAUCAUGCAAGCUAUCGAUAGAUUAGAACACAUGCCUGUGGUUAAAGAUGGUACAUAUUUGAAAUAUGACACUGAAGCAGCAUUUAAGAAAUUUCCCACACUUACUCUAGCCAUCAUGGGUGUUGAUGUUACGUUUUUGGUUGACUCAGGGGCCACACAUUCUGUGGUAAAAAUGGCAGAUUUGCCUGAUUGCAAAUUAAGUGGUAGAUUUAUUCACUCAAUAGGAGUGGCAGGUGUAACUAUAAAGGAGAAGUUUUCAGUACCAGUCCAGUGUAGAGAUAACGGUGAUGACAGCUAUCCAUUUCCCACAUCAGUCAAACACAGUUUCCUUCUGUCAUCUGUCUGCCCUAUACAUUUACUGGGCAGAGAUCUGAUCCUCCGGUUUGGCCUUGACCUAAUUUCUACAAAUGAGGGUCUAAAAGUCAGACGACCAUCCCCUACAAUGGUCCAAAAACUCUCAUUUGACGAGGAAUUGUGGUUUGUGUAUCAAUGGCUUGCUACAUUUCCUGAUUCUCAGAAACUGUUGCGUUUGGCCCGUCAGUGUGUCCCACCACUGGCUGUGUUUAUGGAAGCUCCUAAUUUACAUUGCACUGCUAGCAUUUCUGAUGAUACAUGCAAAUACUAUGAUGAACAGUUUCUGUUGGAAUGUGUGAAUGACGAAAUCAUGCUUAAAACAAUGUAUUGGAGCUCGCUGCGCAGUGCUAUUUCUGUCACACUCACACCCACACAACACAAGCUGUAUCAAAUCCCAGGGGCGGUCCCGCACAUUUCACUAGCAAGGGGCCCCACUGAUAAAUGGAGGGAUUUGGGUCCAUUCGUUAAAGAUUGGGAAUAUAUCACUGAUUGGACAGCCACACACACACCUAAGAUCAUGUACUCCAUGUCACACGAUGUUUUUAAGUACGAUGUUGACUGUAACAUACACGCCCUACGUACUCUUGUUUUGAUCGGCGAGGACUGUGUGAAUUCUGGGCCGGGCCACGGGAGCCUGUGUUUUCAGGUUACUCUCAUAUUUCUGAGCUUCCUGCCGCGCUAAAAGAUGUGCCUCCGACACUCUGGGCAGCUCACAAAUAUGAUGUUGGUUUAAUCCGUUCUGCCGAACCUAUUGUUAUCACCCCUAAGUCUACCUACCGCCCAAAUCAUCCCCAAUACCCAUUAAAGCGUGAAGCUGUUGAUGGCAUUCGGCCAGUUUUUACCUCCCUGCUUAAACAAGGGGUAAUUAU